AUGUCUACCUACGAAGUUGAACACGGCACAGCAGACCCUGCCUCAAACCCUCAAACCACCACACGCCCCCGCCGCCCUGAUCUGUCAACCUUCUUCGCAACCCUCUCCGAAAUCUCCCCAGACCCAGACCACCCUGAUCACCGCCCCCAUGCGGUCCCCGUCCCUGGUGAUGUCAGUGCAGCUUUCUUCUCGCUCGCCGAGGCGCUGCACCAGAUGCGCCGUGACGGAGAACGUGACGGUCAAGACGGAGAGGAUCUUCUGACGCAGAUGAUUCAAAACCUGCUUUCAGGGGCUGACAUGCCACCCCGAGAGGUAGAGGGAGUUAGUGAGGAGUUUUGCGAUGCGCUCGAUCGUGUUCCCAAAUCUUCCCUCAAACCCGACCAAACCUGCCCUAUCUGUGGUAAUUCUUUCUUGGAUGAUGAAUAUCCUCUUGUCGUAAAGCUGCCUUGUCACCCUACUCACAUCUUUGAUAUGGAAUGUGUGCGGCCUUGGUUACGCUUGCGUGGCACUUGCCCGCUUGACCGUGUGGAUUUCGCUAAGCAAUUACGGGAGAAAGAAGAGGCCAAGAAGAAGCUGGUGGAGGAAGAUGAAGAGGAGGAAUGGGAUGGGAUGUAUGGUUGA